AUGCUUGCACGAGGUGUUCGAAAUGUUAUCUAUAACUACACGGAUGCACAACGUAAAGUACGAGCGGCGACAUCAAACGACGCUUGGGGACCACCGCCAGCUCUUAUGCAUGAAAUAGCUGACUUAACCGAUAAUAUGGUCGCCUAUGCAGAAGUUAUGCCAAUUAUUUGGAAACGAUUGAAUGAUCAUGGGAAAAACUGGCGUCACGUGUACAAAUCACUUGUUUUACUGGAUCAUCUAAUUAAAUAUGGGAAUGAGCGUGUUAGUCAACAGUAUCAAAAAGAUCAAGGUUACAACGUACGAGAAAAAGCGAAACAACUUGUAGCCCUACUCAAAGACGAUGAACGUCUACGUAAUGAACGUCGAAAAGCACAAGAAGCACGUGAACGUUACGUACGACAAGCCAUGGGAAUGGACUCUCAUGGUUCAGUGUCUUAUGGACGAGCAACAACAUCAGUGCGACGAAACAGUCUGGAAGGUAAUGAUGCCUAUGGCGGUUCGUCGUAUUUGUCAGGCCAUCAUACAAGUCAGAAUCGGUCAACGUCGUACAAUGAUGGUCUCCAUGCAGCUGCAAGUAAAGAUUUUGGUCAACCAGCAAAUCAGGAAGAAGAACAGUUACAGAUGCAAAUCGCACUAGCAGAAUCACAACGCGAGGCUGAAGAUGAAGAGCGACGACGUCGAAAUGACGAGUUGAAACUUAAAAUAGCGCUAGAACGAUCUGUGAAUGAAGCAUCACCGAAUGCUAAUAGUUCACAAUUAUUUGAUUUCAAUACACCUUCUCAGUAUCCAGAUCCAACAUAUUAUAACACAUCAUCGCCAUCACCGUAUCAACCAGAAACAACAACAUCGAAUCUGGGAUGGAAUGCCGACGUUAAUCGAUCGUCAACUCACACUGGAUAUGCAACGACUUCAGAUGAUCCGUGGUCGUUGGAAUCAGCACUGUAUCCUUCUACAGCUCCCAAGACAUCAAAUGACCCAUGGCAACCAACAACGAACGCCAGUCUUUCGAUGAACACAUCAGACCCCUGGGGUCUCUCAAGUACAACAACUACACAACCAGUCAGUACGACAAUGAUUAGCAAUGAACUAAGUGAUUUUUUUGGCGCAAGUGCCACAAUAUCAUCACCAUCAUAUAAUCAACAACCACAACAAUCAGCAACGCCGUCCAAUCCUUGGAAUAUCACUCCAGCUGUUAAUGCAAAUCUAACUUCACCGAUAUACACUAAUUUAUCAUUGACCAAUAACAACAACGGCGGUUUACUCUAUCCAACAAUUGCAAGUGGGAACAAUUCAAAUGCAAUCAGUUCGAGCCCAACAUCAUCAUCUUUGUUAUCAACUUCUCGCAAAACUCCGGAAAGUUUUCUCGGAGAUAAAUUCACUAAUUUAGUCAACUUAGACCAAUUAGUCACAGAUACGAAAAGUAAUUUCAAUCAAUCUUCUUUUCUCUUCAUCUCAUUUCAUGUUCAGAAUCCAUUUACGAACGCCACUCGACCUCCAACACUCGAACAAUUAUCCUCGUCAAAUAAUAUGGCUUUUACAACAAGUGGCUCACCUCUACCGCCUCCAUUAGUUCCCUCGUCAUAUAAUAACACGAAUGCAAAUACACAAUCAUUUAAUACAACAAAUCCUUUUCUGUGA